UUGAUCGUCCGCCAUACUUGUGAGUUUUGCAAAACGUAACGUAAACUAGUUGCAAAAAGUGGGAGAUUGUUUCAUUGCAUUCGUUUACUUCGUUGCGUCAACCAACUAAUUGUUUGCGCAUAUUUGAUAAUUCUGCUGAGUAGAAAGUGAAAAUCCUCUCAAUCUACCAUAAAACCCACGAGCGCACCUGGAUCUCAUCGCUUAAACGCUGCCAACGCUGGUUCCAGAAAAAAUGGGCAUCGAUUCGGACCCAGAGGUCGUAAUGGGCUCAAUCGACAAGACGAAGAAGAAAAAACACAAGCACCACAAACACAAAAGUGGUCAUAAAAGUAAGAAGCAUCACACGCCUGAAAAGGUCGAAAAGAAAGCGCACAAGAAAAGCAAACACAAGCAUAAGUCGAAGCACGGUAAGUCUUCAAAGCCUGAAAAGAUCGUGGUACCCGCUGUGGUUGCGGUUAAAGAAGUAGAGCAAAUAGUGGUACCGGUCAAAGUUCAGCCCAUCAUCAAUGGAAACGGCACCACUACUGUUAUGGAGCCCGUCAUUAUCUCUGAGGAUGAGGAAAGUGAUGUCGGCGUUCCAAGGCCAAAUAGCGACUCGGAAGAAGUGGAUGUUGGAAUAAUUGAAGAUGAUAUGAACUUGGAAGAGCUAAUGAGGCAAAAAGAAUUGCUGCAAGCUCGACUUGGUGCCUACGAGUCGGAAGAAGUGGAAAGUGAAGAAGAAAAACCGGAGCCUCAGGUCAUCACUUUGUUUGAUGACGAAGAGGAAAAAAAAGAAGCAAAACCUACGCCAAGGAAGGAGAGGAAUGAGAGGAUUGUUUCAGAAAGGCCUCGUGAGGAGAGGCCUGAUAGGCGAAGGGAACGUGAACGCACCCCAGAGCGAAACAGGGAUCGCAGGCUAGAUCAAGGAGGCCGCAGAAAUUUUGAAAAUGCGAGAGAUGCAAGAAGAGAUGACGAGCGGCGGUUCAGAGAUGAUAGGCGGAUGAGAGAUGUCAGAGAAAGAGACCCAAGGGAUGCUGAUCGGAGGCGAAGGUCGCCGCCUCAGAGACGAGGUAGCCCCCGUCGAGAUGGCGGUAGAGACAGGUACAGGCGGUCCCGCUCUCCCAGAGGUCGUCAUGGUCGGGAUGACCGGGGUCGCAGGUCUGAGAAAAAUGAUAAGUUCAAAGGAAGUUUGUCUGAAGGACUGAAAGUGGAUGACUCCUCGUCGGAAGAUGAAGAGCUGUCCAAUUUAAAGCUGGAGGACGAAGAAGAGGACGAAGAGGCUAUUAUUGAGAGAAGGCGGAAGCAGCGAGAGGAGUUGCUGAAGCGUCUGGGAGCAAGUGAUUCUGCGCCAAGCAGCGCAGUCAACAGCCCACUGCCUCCUAAGGAACCAACACCACCUCCACCUGAGCCAGUAAAGGAGCCAGAGGUUCAGCAACCACCACCGAGGAAGAAGAGGAAAUUUGAGGAUGCGCCGCCACCAGCAAAGGAGGAAGAAACAACUACAGAGAAUGAUAAAAAUGAAAAACCCAAAAAGAAAGAAUGGGACAUGUUUGCUGAAACUGACACUUUUGGACAGUCGUUUAAUAAACCUGGUGUUGUUGAGGAAGGAAUGGAGAAUCCUAGUCUGACGGACAAUUGGGACGAUGCCGAGGGAUAUUACAGAGUGAGAAUUGGGGAGACGAUGGACACUCGUUACGCUGUGUACGGAUACACUGGACAGGGUGUGUUCAGCAAUGUGGUUCGAGCAAGAGACGCAGCCAGGGCAAAUCAGGACGUAGCAGUAAAAAUUAUCAGGAACAAUGAAAUCAUGCACAAAUCUGGCUUGAAAGAGCUUGAGAUUUUGAAGAAGAUGAAUGACGCCGACCCUGAAGACCGUUACCACUGUGUGCGACUCUUCCGACACUUCUUCCACAAGCAGCAUUUGUGCAUGGUGUUCGAACCGCUGUCCAUGAAUCUGAGGGAGGUCCUUAAGAAGUACGGUAAAGAUGUUGGUCUUCACAUCAAGGCCGUUCGCUCCUACUGCCAGCAACUCUUUCUUGCCUUGCGACUUUUGAAGAAGUGUCACAUUCUUCAUGCAGAUAUAAAGCCAGACAACAUUUUGGUAAAUGAAAGCAAACUGGUGUUGAAGCUCUGCGAUUUUGGUUCUGCAUCAUAUGCAAAUGAGAAUGAAAUCACUCCGUACCUGGUCAGCAGAUUCUACAGAGCACCCGAAAUCAUUCUCGGCAUUCCUUAUGAUUUUGGCAUCGACAUGUGGUCCGCUGGUUGCACCAUUUACGAGCUCUAUACUGGCAAAAUCAUGUUCUCCGGCAAUUCCAACAACCAGAUGCUGAAGUACUUUAUGGACUUGAAGGGCAAAUUCCCGAACAAACUGAUCAGAAAAGGCGCAUUCAAGGAGAAGCAUUUUGACGCCAAUUGCAAUUUCCUGUCGCACGAAAUUGACAAAGUGACGGAGCGGGAGAAGACUGUUGUCAUGUCCACCAUCCAGCCAACCAGAGAUCUGGCCAGCGAGUUGAUCAACAACCAGAGCCUGCCCGAGGACCAAUUCAAGAAAGUGUCUCAGCUUCGAGAUCUGCUGGACAAAAUCCUGAUGCUCGACUCGAGCAAACGGUGCUCCAUUAAUGCAGCAUUGACCCACCCCUUCAUUUCAGAGAAGUUUUAAAUCAACGUUUCAUGUUCGUGUAGUUUUGUGUCAUUAUUGUUUGAUGAAUAUUUGAUAUUGUGAAUAACAAAAAACUGUUGGAGAAAUUUUAUUUUAGUCGAAGUGUAUGAUUUUUAAUUGCCAAUAUUUUCAUCCUGACAGAUUUGAAUAAAAAAGAAACGCAAUCGUGCGCCACUUAUUAAUUA